CGGGCCCGUUGGCGGAGUCUGGUCAGCGGCGGCUCCGCUCCGCUCCGGGGCCCCCGCGCCGCCGCCGCCGCAGCCAUGUCGCCCGCCAUCGUGGCCAAGGAGGGCGGCCGGCAGCGCCGGGCCGGGAACCACCAUCAGUGUCUGGACGUGAGGAACGAGCCGCCGCCCGCCCUAGCGCUGUGCGAGGACGGGCUGCCGGGCGGCGAGGCCGAGGCGCUGCUGCCGCCGCCAGAGACGGGAGUGCGGGGUCCGCGGGGGUGCCGGGCGGAGCUGGGCAGCAUCCUGCUGCUGCUGGUGCUGUACGUGCUGCAGGGCAUCCCGCUGGGGCUGGCGGGCAGCGUGCCCCUCAUCCUGCAGAGCAAGAGCGCCAGCUACACCGACCAGGCCUUCUUCAGCUUCGUCUUCUGGCCCUUCAGCCUCAAGCUGCUCUGGGCCCCAUUGGUGGACGCCGUCUACCUGCGGGGCUUCGGCCGCCGCAAGUCCUGGCUGGUGCCCACGCAGUAUGUCCUGGGGCUUUUCAUGAUCUACAUGUCCACGCAGGUGGAUGUGCUGCUGGGCGACAGGGAGGGCCGGGGCCCCGACGUGGUGGCCCUCACCGUGACUUUCUUCCUCUUUGAGUUCCUGGCAGCAACGCAGGACAUUGCGGUGGAUGGCUGGGCCCUGACCAUGUUGUCCAGGGAGAACGUGGGCUAUGCCUCCACCUGCAACUCUGUGGGGCAGACAGCCGGCUACUUCCUUGGCAACGUCCUCUUCCUGGCCCUCGAGUCACCUUCCUUCUGCAACAAGUACCUGCGGUUCCAGCCCCAGCCCCAAGGGAUUGUUACCCUCUCAGAUUUCCUGUUCUUCUGGGGAGCUGUCUUUUUAAUCACCACUACACUGGUUGCCCUUUUGAAAAAGGAAAACAAGGAACUAACCCCAACAAAAGAAGAAACAAAAGGCAUCACUGAUACAUACAAGCUGUUGUUCUCAAUAAUCAAGAUGCCAGCAGUUCUUACUUUCUGCCUCUUGAUUCUCACAGCAAAAGUUGGAUUUUCAGCAGCCGAUGCUGUAACAGGACUGAAACUGGUGGAAGAAGGAGUCCCGAAAGAGCACUUAGCUCUGCUAGCAGUUCCAAUGGUUCCUUUGCAGAUAAUACUGCCUCUGAUUAUCAGCAAAUACACAGCAGGCCCUCAGCCACUGAACACAUUUUACAAAGCCAUGCCUUACAGAUUACUUCUUGGUCUGGAAUUUGCUUUUUUGGUAUGGUGGACUCCAAAAGUAAAAUAUGAAGGAGGAUUUCCUGUCUACUACUAUGUUGUAGUGUUGAUGAGUUAUGCUUUACAUCAGAUCACACUGUACAGCAUGUACGUUGCAAUAAUGGCUUUCAACGCCAAGGUCAGCGACCCGCUGAUCGGAGGGACCUACAUGACGCUGCUGAACACGGUGUCGAACCUGGGGGGGAACUGGCCCUCCACCGUGGCACUCUGGCUCGUGGACCCGCUCACGGUGAAGGAGUGUGCAGGGGCCCAGGGACACGCCUGUGGGACUGCACUUGCUGCAGAGCUCUGCACAAAAGCAGGUGGUUCCUGUGUCACUACCUUGGACGGUUACUACGUGGAAUCCAUUGUCUGUGUCAUCCUGGGCUUUGGCUGGUGGUUCCUGCUUGGGCCAAAGUUAAAAAAGCUGCAGGAUGAAGGACAGUCUUCCUGGAAGUGCAAGAGGACCAAUUGAUGCAGUUUAAAUAUUGGAUGGACUAGCAAGGUCAUUUUAGUUUUAUUACAAAGCCGUAUCCCAUAAUCAAUAAACUGGAAUAUAGGUAUUUUGCAAUGCCACAUCACUGAUAAAGGGGUGCUGAGAUGGUGGUAUGUUUGUAUGUGAUACCACUUGCCUUCCUCUUGAGAAAAUGUACAUUCAGAAAGCAAUGGUUAAAAAACGGCACCUAUGUGCUCCGUAUCCAUCCCCAAGCUCUAGCUUCAGUGUCACGGCUGCUGGCGUAACCAACGUCCCAAUCCCCACAUAGUACCUAUGGGAAAGCUCCUUGUGCCACGUCCAUCCAGACAGCAGCGUUGUCAGCCAAGGGCCAGGGCUUUAUUUGCAAACAUAGGUGGUCUGACGGGGGCAGUUGACCCAGAGAGGGCCACCAAAGGCAUUUUGAGUUGUGGGUUAAGUGUGUGGUACUGGGGAAUUCCUUGUGGGAAGAUAAACCUGAGAUGUCUGUGGGCUUCGUUUCUUCCCACUCUCUGAACUGUAACCACACCGUGAAGAAUGAAACGUUUCAGAGAUUCUUUUAAAUGUAUUUUCUGGCUUUUAUAAGCUUUAAAGAUUUGUAAGAAAAUAUUUUUAUAAACAAAUUCCAUAUAUUUAAUUUAUUGCUUCAGUUUCAAAGCGUUAUGAUUCACAUGCAAGGUUCUUCCUUGACGAAAAACUGCUGUAAGGUGGGACUUGAGUAACGCACAAUGCUCUGAGCCUCGAGUCCUGCAGAUGUGAACUGGGUAGUGUAGCAGCUGGCACGAGGAGGAUGGGCUUCUGAGGGAGAGGCCUGCAGAGGGCACUGUGUCGAGGGACUGAAGGGAUACCAUUGAUUCCUCAACGUCACUAAAAUUGGAGCAUUCAAUUUCAAAUUCAGUGGGAAAAAAUGUGACAAUUCCCAGCUUGGGGUAACAAAAGAUGAUGAGUGCCUUUGAAAGUGAUUUGGUGACGCAAACCUGCCAAAUUCCCAGCCAGUUGGUGUACAGCUCGCUGUCACAUAGAUCAAACAAGCAAAAACCCCUGAGGUAGAGCUGCUGCAGAAAUAGGAGCUGAUGCUGUGCAGCAGAAACAUUCCCGUGGCAUUUCUCAGAAGUGACUUGCCUCCUGAGUGCCUUAGUGACGUACAGCAAGCGCCUGUAUGGCUGGAGAGAGAGCACUUGGGCCUUGUUGGAUGUAUAUGGUACAUCAUUAUUGACAAAGAAGCCUAUUAAAAACACCUUUGAAAGGUA